UCCGGCCUGGGUGUCUGUCGUUGGCGGGCUGCCUUUUAAAGUCCUGGGGCCGCUCUGAGCCUCACGUGACCCGCCCCUGCCUCUGGUUGGUGGGCUGGGUCACGUGGCGCGCCUCCUCUCUCCGCAGGGGACUGGCCUGCUGGCUAGUUUCCGGCUCGGCGGGUCCACGAUGACGGAACCCGUGGCCUCUCCCGAAGACCCCUGGGUCAAGGGACGGGGUUCUGAUGGGCUUCUUCCUUGCUCGGUGCCUCAGGUGGAGUCUGUCUACAGCGACAACAGCCAGGAUCCUGGGCUUUUCGUAGAAAGCACCCGAAAGGGGAGUGUAGUUUCCAGAGCUAAUAGCAUCGGUUCCACCAGUGCCUCUUCUGUCCCCAACACAGAUGACGAGGACAGCGACUACCACCAGGAGUCUUAUAAGGAGUCCUACAAGGACCGGCGGCGGCGUGCACACACCCAGGCCGAGCAGAAGAGGAGGGAUGCCAUCAAGAGAGGCUACGAUGACCUUCAGACCAUCGUCCCCACCUGCCAGCAGCAGGACUUCUCCAUCGGCUCCCAAAAGCUCAGCAAAGCUAUCGUCCUACAAAAGACCAUCGACUACAUCCAGUUUCUGCACAAGGAGAAGAAGAAGCAGGAGGAGGAAGUAUGCACACUACGCAAGGAUGUCACAGCCCUAAAGAUCAUGAAAGUGAACUACGAGCAGAUUGUGAAGGCGCACCAGAACAACCCCCACGAGGGAGACGACCAAGUUUCCGACCAGGUCAAGUUCAGCGUGUUUCAGGGCCUCAUGGACUCCCUGUUUCAGUCCUUCAAUGCCUCCAUCUCCGUGUCCAGCUUCCAGGAGCUGUCGGCCUGUGUCUUCAGCUGGAUUGAGGAGCACUGUAAGCCUCAGACCCUGAGAGAGAUCAUGGUUAGCGUCUUGCAUCAGCUGAAAAACCAGCUCUACUGACCAGCCCUUGGAAACCAGCAGAACAGCCCCCAAGAAGCCAGGUCUCCCUCUAUGGGACCCGACUGCAACGUCCCAUGCACAAGUCAACUGGCUCCUGCCUGAUGUCUCACCCUUGUAGGCUGGGCCAUCCGUGUUUCCAAAGCCUAUGGUUAAUUUAUUUUAUUGACUGUAAAACUCAAACUACCCAGUUUCCCCCUGCUCCCUCCCAGACGCCCUCAGGCUGGGUGUCUGCUGUGAGUACCCUGGCUCUUUCUUUAAGCCUCCAAUCUCUGCUUAGAACUACAUGUUUGGAAACUGCAGUUUACCUCUGUGUUGUUGGUCUCUUGGGUAGUAAUAUUUGGCCCAUGUCUGACCAUUUUAGGCAAAAGGAGUUGGAUGGGAGAAAAGGAGGAAACACUUGCACAGCCAUGAAGGGCAGAGGCAGCCUGCGCCUACCGGGGCUGGGGCUGCCCACUCACCAGGGACUUCUGUGUCAUACUCCACCACCCUCCUGCCUCCCAGCCUUAGGCUCCCCUGUACUCACAACAAAGGCAGGGUGGUACAGGCAGCAUAUAAAAAUAUUUUUCUAAACAGCAAUGCAAUUUUGCUAGAGUUAGUACUUUGGAAGCUGAGCUGUCUCAGAACCACUGCGAGGUCCCUGUGAAGUCUGGAGCCUGUGGAGUGACAGCAUGAAAGCCGGGCCCAAACCCAGGGGGUCCUCGGUGCCUCAUGCAUGGCCUCCUUUGGCCUUCAGACCCCAUCCCACUGUUCCCUCCUGCCCACCUCCAGCACUUUUGUCUGGGGAGAUGUGACCAUUACAAGGAAAUCAAACAUUUUUAUAUCGAACUAUUACAAUAAAUAAUUGCCAAACGCU